AUGCCUGCUAAUGCAUUAACUUUGAACUACAAGAAAAGGUAUAUAAAUAAUAAAACAGCGUUUCAUUUCCUAAUAUAUUGUUAUUUUGGGAGAAAUAAGCAAUUCAGUUUUCUAAGACAACUGAAAACCUACUGCAUACUUCCUAUUCAUCUACAACCAAGUAACAGUAACGCAAUGAGAUUCCUGCAAAUUUUGAUGAUAACUAUUUGCUUAACCACAUCAUUCGUUUCAUCAUUUCAACCGAGUCGAUUAUCAGAAUUUGAUUUGGAUGACCCUUUUUUGUUUCAAAAAUUAUUAUAUAAAUCUCCAUCAAUAAAAGAUCCUAAUGAAGGUGGUUACAAAUUUAGCGGGAAUGAAAUGCGAUAUGGUCGAUAAAGCGGCACAUUUCUGUCAAUUCAUAUCACAAUGAGUUUACUUCUGUCUAACAAUAAAAAAAUGUCAAGAUUCGUAAAUAAAUAUUUGUGAGAAUAUUACUGCAAGAUAUCUUCUGAAUAUUAUAUGCUAUCUUUUCAAAAUACAAAGUGUAAACUGAAUAUGUACCGUGAUAAUAACAGUUAUAAUAAUCACUAAAUCAUUGUUUU